AUGUCGAUGUCAACGUCAACAGCACCAUCAACUUCGACCUCAGCUUCCUCAAGCGCACAGACGGCGACGUCUCGACAGAGACAGCGAGAACCAAAGCGGUUCGCGCCGCUGAAUCCCAAUGCCGAGGAGGGUCAUGGUCUUCCAAAGCUAAAGGGCAUAAUUUUUGACAUGGACGGGACGCUAUGUCUUCCUCAGAACUACAUGUUCCGGGAAAUGCGUGAGGCGUUGGGAAUUCCCAGAUCCGUUGACAUACUGGACCACAUCCGUUCGCUCUCCAAUGAACCCGACAACCCCGCCGCCGCCAGCAGCAGUGACUUCGGUCCAGAACCAGGGCUAGGACAACAUCCUCACUCGACAAUCAACCCUUUCCAACUGCCCUCGGAAGAAAUGCUGUCCCCUUUCAGUGACAAAAUCCCCGAUCCGCCCCCUCUAUCACCGCAAGCUCGCGCCGUUGGCAAAAUCCAAGCCAUCGAGCGCAACGCCAUGUCCUCACAACGUCCGCAACCGGGACUGCAGGCGCUCAUGGACUACCUCACUCGGCGAGGCGUGAGAAAGGCCCUCUGCACGAGGAAUUUCCCUGCCCCCGUGCAUCAUUUGCUGAGUAACUACCUACCAGAAGAAAAGUUCGACCCCAUCAUCACUAGGGAGACCGAGGGCGUGGAACCCAAGCCGAGCCCAGAAGGGUUGUGGAUGAUCGCUCAGUCUUGGGGCUUGGAUAAGGAUAUUGAGACGGGCGAAGUUCAACAGUCUGUCCAGAAUGUGGGUGGUGAGCUUGACCCUCUGGAAUUGGCCAGGAGAUAUCUGGGUUCUGGCUUGAUCAUGGUCGGUGACAGUAUAGACGACAUGGCAGCGGGUUGGAGAGCUGGGGCGGCCACGGUACUGUUGGCCCAAGAUGAGAACCAGGAGUUAGUGAAGCACGAGUAUACAGGCCUGAGCAUCAGACGGCUUGAUGAACUGAUAGAUAUCCUAGAGAAUGGAUUCGCGGAGAGCGCAGAGACAUAG